ACGGUGAAAUAGCCAAUCGCGCUCCUCCUCCACACGAGUGAACGAAGAUGGCGCAGGACGGCACGGUGCCCAGCGAUCUCUACCAGCAUGUGUACUCGUUUCUCGUGGAAAAUAAGUUCGCCAAAGCCGCGAAAGAGUUUUUAAAGCAGGCUAAAGUGAAACCUCAAGACCAAAAUGAGGAGCGUCUCAUGGACAUCUUCAACUUUUGGGUGAAGUCCCCAGAAACCAAAAAGCGCAAAGCAGUCCCCAGCGGCCCUGCGGCGGUCAACGGCCCAUCAGCCAAGAAAGCAAAGAAAGAUGCGGUGAGUUCAAGUAGUGAGGACUCCAGCAGUGAAGAGGAAGUUGCCGCACCUGCCAAGAAAGUCGUACAAGCGAAAGCUCCUGCUCCAAAGAAGCCAGCAGCUGUAGCUGCUAAAAAGAGCAGCAGCUCGGAAGACUCCGGCGACUCGGAGGACGAAGCCCAGGUUAAAACAGCAGCGAAGAAGCCUGCAGCUGUGAAAGCUGCUGUUCAGCCUGCAGCAGCAGCCAGGAAGAAAGACACCAGUUCCAGCAGUGAGGAGUCAGACUCUGAGGAGGAGCCGGCCAAAGCUCCAGCAACAGGAGCAAAGGCCAAGCCUGUGGCAGGGACCCCUAAACCGGCGUCCACUCCAGUGUCUGCGGCUCAGAAGAAGCAGGACAGUAGCAGCAGUGAGGACAGCUCCAGUGAAUCUGAGGACGAGGCUCCAGCUAAGACAGCAGUAAAAACAGCAGCCCCAGUGAAGACCCCUCCAGCUAAACCCACAGCCCCAUCAGAGUCCAGCAGUGAAGAGUCAUCCUCAGAUGAGGAAGAUGCACCUCCUACUAAGAAACCUAAGACUGGACAGUUCAGUGCCGUCCCGCCCCCGGGAACACUGACCGCUCCAGCCAAAGCCCCUGCAGCUGCCAAAGCAGCCCCAGCUAAGAAAGCACCUACAAAGGUCACUCCUGCUCGGAAAAAAGACUCUUCAAGUUCCGAUUCUUCAAGCUCCGAGGAUGAAGCAGCAAAGCCAGCUGUCAAAGUCACACCGGCAAAAGCUGCAUCUGCUAAAUCUACACCUGCAAAAGUCUCUCAAGCUAAAGCCACACCUGCUAAAGUCACCCCGGCUGCACACAAGGCUUCAUCUUCAAGCUCAGAAGACUCUGACGAUGAGGAGGAGGAGGCCAAGAAACCGGCAGCUAAAGUUGUCCCUGUUAAACCUGCGCCAGCCAAGAAGACGGCAGCUAAAGCCAAGCCUGCUGCAAAAGAAUCGUCAUCAUCUAGCUCCGAGUCUGAGGAAGACAAACCGGCCACAAAACCAACCCCAGCCAAGGCUGCUCCUGCUAAAGCAGCUCCUCCAAAGACAACCCCUGCUAAGAAAGACGAUUCCUCAAGUUCAGAUUCAGACAGCUCUGAGGACGAGGCACCUGCUAAACCAGCAGCUAAGUCCAAGCCUUUGAGCACUCCUAAACCUGCAGCCAAGCCCGCUGAAUCCAGCUCGGACUCGGACAGCUCUUCAGAUGAAGAACCUCAAAAGAAACCUGCCAGCACACCGGUAUCCAAACCUGCCACCCCUGCAGCCAAACCUGCCACCCCUGCAUCCAAACCUGCCACCCCUGCAGCCAAACCUGCCACCCCUGCAGCCAAACCGACCGCUAAACCAGUGGAAAGCAGCUCAGAUGAGGACAGCUCUUCAGAUGAGGAACCACAAAAGAAAACCACCGCCACACCGGUAUCCAAACAUGGCACCCCAGCUAAACCUGCAGUUGCAGCUAAACCAGCCGAUAGCAGUUCUGACUCUGAAACCGACAGCUCUGACUCUGAAGACGAGACUCCGGCUGCAAAGAAAGCCAAACCAGCAGCGGCUGCUACUACUAAGAGCCCUGCCUCCAAAGCACCUGCUCUAGCCAGUAAGAAAACAGCUAAAUCCAGCAGCAGUGAUUCAGACAGCUCCAGUGAAGACGAGAAGAAAGGGAAGACUGUGACGCCCAAAGCAGCAGCAGCAGCUAAGCCGGCCGUGACUCCAGUUAGCGUGAAGAAAGCGGAGAGCAGUAGCUCUGAAUCUGACAGCUCAGACUCUGAGACAGAGGCUAAGAAGACUCCUGCAAAGCCUGCAGUCCCUAACGGAAAGGCAGCUAAAACAAAACCCCCCACAUCUGCAGCUAAAAAGACAGCAGAGUCUUCAUCCUCGAGUGACAGCAGCUCUGAUGAAGAGGAGUCUCCUAAAACACCAGCUGUGAAAACACCACCUACUACAAAAGCACAGGCUGCUAAAGCCAAAGCAGACAGCAGCUCGUCUGAGGAGUCUUCAUCAGAGGAAGAGGAAACGACGGCCAAGACUCCGGUCACAUCAAACGGUGCAAAGAGCAAAAAAAAGGGCAAAGAGGAAGAAACGACAACACCCAAGAAUACAAAAAUCACCACAUCCACACCUCAGACUUUUCCCAGAACCAAACAGAAGGAAAGCAAUGCUCCUUUCCGUAGAGUAAGAGACGAGGAAAUUGAGGUGGACCCCCGCCUGGCAGACAAUUCAUUUGACGCAAAGAUGGGAUCCACCGGUGACUGGGGCCAGAAGGCCAACAGCGUGCUUAAAUUUACUAAGGGCAAAUCUUUCCGGCAUGAGAAGACCAAGAAGAAGCGUGGCAGUUAUAGAGGCGGCGCAAUCUCCACCUCAGUGAACUCCAUUAAGUUUGACAGUGACUGAGAUCACAAACUAAAGAACCUCUGAACUCUCCAUGACCCGUCUACCCUCUGUUCCUGCUCUGGUGUACCACACACAUGGGCCGGCAUUGACUGAAGAAAGCAGGAAUGUUUGUUUGUUUGUUUGUUUGUUUUUUACACUCAAUCUUUCAAGCAGUUAGACACGGUGACCACAUGGUGGCGCCAAUUCAUUGUGUUUAGGCCUUUUGAUUAGCUUAUAUGUAAAAUAUGGUUUUGGCUUCACUGUAAAAUGUUUCUUAAAAUUGGCAUGACAAAUUAUGAACGGUUGUUCUAACAGGUUAUUGUUAAUAUACUAGAAAUGACAGAAUGAUUUUCUUUUUUAUUAUUAUUAUUAUACAUCACAGAAAUGUCAUUGUUAUGAGCCUAUCCGUGUAUCUUGAGUCUGGUGGUUUGUCUGAUUUGAAAAAGCUGUGUAGUUCAAGACUCCGCCCACUUCUGUUAGACAGACACUGGAGGACCAUCCUUAAAAUAACAACACAUGAAUUAUCCUCAUUCGGUUUUAGUUUUAAUCUUUUAUGAUUUCAUGUUACGCAGGAUUUUGUAACUUGGUCUCCUUUAUGAUCAGUCUUGUAACUAAUUAAAACUUGGACUGAAUCUC